GUUUUUUUCUUGGGGUAACUGGGAUGUCCUCUUCCUGCUGAAGAUAAUCGGAAGCAAGAAUAGGACCAAAUGGGAAAGGGCAUUUACAUCUCUUUCUAGUCACAGACCCGGGUGAAAUCCAACAUAUUUACAGCAUUUUAACUGUGGUUCUGCUACAUUCCGCUCGCUGUUUACAAGCGAUCUUCAAUAGUAGAUGUCAGUAGGCGGUGGAAAUGGAGCACGGAGACGUUUCGUCCACGAACGCAGACUGGAUGUCUCAACUGCCAGAGGAACUGUGGGGUACACCGCUUUGGGACCUGGCGAUACCCGGGAGUCAUGACAGCAUGAGUUACUGCCUGGAUACACACUCUCCUGUCUUGGGUUCUGAGUCAUUCAUGCUGCAGUUUCUGGAUCGACUGGCACCCUGCAUUGUACGCCCCUGUGUCUACCGCUGGGCCACCACACAGAUGUGGUGUAUUCCUGAUCAGUUGGAUGCUGGAAUCCGGUUCUUCGAUCUACGGAUCGCCCAUAAAAACAUAAAAAAUACACACAACACACAAGACUUGCUAAAAACACACAACACAGAUGACACGCUGUACUUCGCACACGCGAUCUAUACGCUACAGACUGUAAAGGAGGCCCUGUCAACCAUGGCUGUGUGGUUGAAGCAGCACCAGAAGGAGGUAGUGAUCCUGUCCUGUUCCCACUUCUACCUGCUGACUGACUCUGAGCACCAGGCCCUGGUCUGCUACAUCACUCAGCUGUUUAAAGACAAACUCUGCCCCCCACAGGAAGUGGUGCCAGUUGGGGUGUGUUCAUGUUUUCAGGAAGUGGUGUUAGUUGGGGUGAGUUCGUGUUUUCAGGAAGUGGUGCCAGUUGGGGUGAGUUUGUGUUUUCAGGAAGUGGUGCCAGUUGGGGUGAGUUCACGUUUUCAGGAAGUGGUGCCAGUUGGGGAGACUCCCUAUCUGAGCCAGUGCUGGGAUCUGGGGCGGCAAGUCAUCGUUUCGUACGACGAUGAGACGAUUCUUCACCAACACAAGGAACUGUGGCCUAAGAUCCCUUACUGGUACGCUGACUCGGCAGACCCCAAAGAGGUAAUUUCUUACCUGGAGGAGCAGCAGAAGGCCCAAGGAAGAGCAGCUCAUUUCUUCACCUCGGGGCUGAACCUGACGGAGGAUACUGCUGUGGUGGUCUGCAACCCCUGUCUGACGAUGAGGAAGUUAACGAUGAAGAGUUUCUCCCUGCUGCUGGACUGGGUGGAGAAGCAGACUCCUGGACCGGACCAGACCGCUGUCAACAUCAUCUGUGGAGACUUUGUGGGUCUGAACCACUUUGCCUCUGUGGUUAUCGGGCUCAAUAAGAAACUACUGAAGACAGAGCGCCACAGAUGACUCACAAGGGACGGAGUGAGAAAGAGACCGACAGAUUAACAUGCACAGGAUCCCAAAUGGCUUCUAGCUCCUUCUCCCUAUGCAGUUGUGGAGAUCUGAGAGGUUUGGUUAGGUGUAAUCAACAUGGUACUCUGAUACACUAGAUCAGGGGUGUCAAACUCAUUCCAUGGAGGGCCUACUGUCUGUGGGUUUUUUGGUUUUUCCUUUCAUUUACACCUAGACAACCAGGUGAGGGGAGUUCCUUACUAAUUAGUGACCUUAUUUCAUCAAUCAUGUACAAGGGAGGAUCGAAAACACGCAGACACUCAGUCCUCUGUGGAAUGAGUUUGACACGUGCACUACUAGAUCAUAUGAAUGAGUUUGACACGUGUACUACUAGAUCAUAUGAAUGAGUUUGACACGUGUACUACUAGAUCAUAUGAAUGAGUUUGACACGUGCACUACUAGAUCAUAUGAAUGAGUUUGACACGUGCACUACUAGAUCAUAUGAAUGAGUUUGACACGUGCACUACUAGAUCAUAUGAAUGAGUUUGACACGUGCACUGCUAGAUCAUAUGAACGAGUUCCCAUGUUUCCCUACGUCUACCUAGAGCACAGGGUGUCAGGUUUACUGUGUUGUUAAUGAGUAUGAUGGAUACAAUCAGAGGUUUUUACAUUCUAAAGUGAUGCCAAAGGAAAAGUUCCAUCAGAUGGACAAUAUAAUUUAUUUUAUAUUUUAUAUGCAAAUACACUACAUGCAGGGGCAAAUACAUAAAUGUCUAUUGAACUUUU